AUGAACAAGCGGAAUCGUGCUCAAGUGCGGUUGAUGCGAGAUUAUGAAGAAAUACAAAAUGAUCCUCCUUAUGGCAUUAGUGCGUCUCCAACAAAUAUGGACGAUCUCUUCAUGUGGGAUGCUAUGAUUUCUGGCCCUGACGAUUCCCCCUGGGAAGGUGGCAUGUUUGCCUUACAGUUGCGUUUUUCCGAGGACUACCCAUCUGUGCCUCCAAUUGUUCGAUUUGCAACUCCCAUUUUCCAUCCCAAUGUUUUUUCGGACGGGAUGGUGUGUCUCGAUAUAAUAAAAGAUAAAUGGUCCCCUGUCAAUACAGUGAGUAUGAUAUUAACUUCCAUUCAGAGUCUUUUAAAUGAUCCCAACCCGAACAGCCCUGCAAACUCGGAGGCUGCUUCUUUGUACGUUAACAACAUCCGCGAAUAUAAACGCCGCGUACGCGAAUGCGCGGAGCGAUCUCUUCAAAUGAACUCGUGUUUUGUUUGUUCCAUCAAACAGCCACAUCAACUUCAAAUCAGGAAAGCAAAUCUUCAACACUUCGAAUUUCCCUAUUAA